GACUAUCUGCGUGACGUGUGAUGUAUCGAAGACUUCUCUCACCCAUAUCCACCCGUUCGUUAAGACGGAACAUCGUGCACACUGCGAGUCGCAAAAUGCUAGUGAUCCCUGUGCCCGUUCGAUCGGACAAUUACGCAUAUCUUUUGGUGGAUGAGUCCACUAAGAAGGCUGCCGCUGUUGACCCUUACGAUGUGAAGAAGGUAGAUGACGCCGCUUUGGAAGCCGGGGUUCACAUCGAGGCUAUCAUCACAACUCAUCACCACCAUGACCAUUCAGGUGGGAAUGAGGAAUUCGUAAGAAAGCAUCCAGGGACGCCUGUCUAUGGAGGAUCGAAGCAGAUUACGGCAUUGACCAAACAAGUUAAAGACAAAGAUGAGUUCACGUUAGGAAAUGACAUCAAAAUAAGUUGCCUGGCCACUCCGUGUCAUACGCAGGACUCAAUAUCAUUCUUCUUCGAGGAUGCCAAAACUGGUCAGAAGGGGGUGUUUACUGGUGAUACAUUAUUCAUAGCCGGUUGUGGACGUUUCUUUGAGGGGACUGCAGAGGACAUGCACAACUCAUUGUCUUAUCUGGGAACCCUUCCUGACGAUACAGUCGUGUAUAAUGGACAUGAAUACACGACUGCUUCAGCAGCAUUUGGAGCACAUGUUGACCCUAAAAAUGAGGCUGUCCAGCAACUUCGGCGCAUCGCAAAGGAAGGAUCCUGCACGACAGGGAAAUCAACAAUAGGCGACGAGAAGAAUUGGAACGUGUUCAUGCGUUUGGACAGUCCUGCCGUUCAGGACUUCACGAGCUCGAAGGACCCGAUUGCCUCGUUAGUCAAAUUAAGGGAAGCGAAGAAUGUAUUUCGGGGAUGAUUGAGAUGACCCAAGUGUGAUUCGCGCAUUUUGCCACGCACUUGCGGAAUGUACCCGUCUCUUCCUCGCGCAUCGCUACUGGUGGGUAGGGCGUAUAGCCGUGGCUGGGGCAGGGGAAUUCUUGCAUUAUUAGCACUGAGGCGCAGUGGGUUGCGCGCGCGAAUCCGACAACUCUGCGUUGUGCCUCAGCAGUUGUGCUAAUAUGG